GGAACAUCUCUCUAUCAAAUCACUAAAUUCCACAUCCCGCACUCCCUCCAGUCACUAUGAAGCCCACCGCCGCGAUCCUCUCCCUGGCUUUCGCCAUCUCCGGCCUCGCCGCCCCUGCCCCCGAUGCCCACAACAGCCUCUUCGCCCGCGAGCCCUCUAACGUCCUCCUCUGCAAGAACACAGACUGUGCGGGCCCAAACGCCGACCAGUUUGAUCUCGGCAUCAACACUGGCAUAUGCAGCAACGUCCCCGCCAAUUUCUUGGGAACUAUUUCUGCGAUUGCGCCAAAUGGCAUCUUGAACUGCUCCCUCUUCGCCGGCGCUGACUGCACAGGCGCUUCGCCGCCUGUGGUCACUGGGCGCGUUAACGACCUCGGAGCGGCGCCGUAUAAUUUCAAUGAUAGGACGGCGUCUUUGCUCUGCAAUCGCAAGUAG